UAGCUCUUUUGUAGUCAGUUGGGUGUAGACUUUCUUCAAGUAACGUUCAUAUUAAAAAGUCGAGUCGGUUGAUCAUGUUUUCUUUAGUUUUGCUAGCCGUGUCACUCUUGACACUGGCGUGGUUCUAUGUUAAGCACCAUUAUGACUUCUGGGAUCGAAGAGGGUUCCCUUACGACAGGCACUCCGGUAUUCCCUUCGGAUGUCUGGACAGCGUCUGGAGGCAGGAGAAGAGCAUGGGCUUGGCCAUCUACGAUGCGUAUGUGAAGAGCAAAGAGCGCGUCUUGGGCAUUUACUUGCUCUUCCGUCCGGCUGUUCUGGUCAGAGAUGCCGAGCUGGCUCGUCGAGUGCUGGCCCAGGAUUUCGCCAGCUUCCACGAUCGCGGGGUGUACGUCGAUGAGGAGAAGGAUCCGCUGUCGGCCAGUAUAUUUUCCCUACGAGGUCAGAGCUGGCGGGCAAUGAGGCACAUGUUGUCGCCCUGCUUCACAUCAGGCAAGCUAAAGGCCAUGUUCAGUACCUCCGAGGACAUUGGUGACAAGAUGGUGGCUUUCCUUCAGAAAAAUCUGCCAGAAAAGGAUUUCGAGGAGGUGGAUCUCAAGAAAGUGAUGCAAGACUAUGCUAUCGACAUUAUCGCCUCGACUAUCUUUGGCUUGGACGUAAACAGCUUCGAAAACCCAGACAAUAAGUUCCGAAAACUUGUGUCGAUUGCCAGAGCUAAUAAUAGAUUCAAUGCCUUGUUUGGUAUGAUGAUCUUCCUUUUGCCCUCGAUGGCCAAGUUCCUGUUCAAAAUUGGUUUUAAAAAUCCAGUCGGUCUGGCCAUGCUGGAGAUUGUCAAGGAAACCGUUGAGCACCGAGAGAAAAACGGAAUUGUUCGCAAGGAUCUGCUGCAGUUGCUCAUUCAGCUAAUGAACACGGGCAAGAUCGAGGAAAAUGAUGAGAAAUCCUUUAGUUUCCAGAAGACACCAGAUGGUCAUAUCAAAGCCAUUUCUUUGGAGACCAUCACAGCUCAGGCGUUUAUAUUCUACAUAGCUGGUCAGGAGACCACUGGAUCGACUGCAGCUUUUACCAUUUAUGAGUUGGCCCAAUAUCCAGAGUUACUGAAGCGCUUGCAGGAUGAAGUGGACGAGACGCUGGAGAAGAACGACGGAAAAAUCACCUACGAUUCCCUGCACAAGAUGGAAUUUUUGGAACUGUGUGUGCAGGAAACAAUAAGGAAAUAUCCAGGACUUCCUAUCCUGAACCGUGAAUGCACCCAGGACUACACCGUACCCGAAACCAACCAUGUGAUUCCGAAGGGAACUCCUGUUGUGAUCUCUCUGUACGGAAUUCACCACGAUGCCGAAUACUUCCCGGAUCCCGAGACUUAUGACCCCGAUCGGUUCUCUAAGGAGAGUCGCAACUAUAAUCCCACAGCAUUUAUGCCGUUUGGGGAGGGUCCCAGGAUUUGCAUUGCUCAGAGGAUGGGUAAAGUUAACGCCAAGCUAGCGAUCAUCAAAAUACUGCAGAACUUCAAUGUUGAAGUGAUGAGCAAACGCCAGAUAGAGUUCGAGAACAGCGGAAUUGCCCUGAUGCCCAAACAUGGAGUUCGAGUUCGUCUGUCCAAGAGAGUGUCCACAUCCCUCUGAACUUACCACCGUGAUAAAAUGCAUUAGCUAAGUGGCAAUAAAUUCACUUUGAUUAUUUGAAUUAUAGUCAAACCGCUAAGUGCCCUUAUAGCUUUUGAUUAAAGAUAACAUUCAUUAAAAAAGUAAAA